AAUGUAAAACACAGCCACAGACCAGCCUGUACAUCAGGUUCACGUUGUAUUUCCUUCUCUCACUUUGGAAACACUUUGUCUCACAUGUGACUGAGCCGCAAGGAAAGAAACACAACCUUAUCUGACGUAUGCAAAUGUUUGAGGACUCUGCGCGUCUCCCUGUGGAAGAGUUUUUUCAGGAGGGAGGUGCCAAGAAGUCUGAACAUUGUCAAAGCUGCUGAACGUGAAGAGGACUUCACUGGGACUUCCGAUCACACGAGGACAAGAGGAGACGCCAGGAGACACCAGAAGACACCAGAAGACACCAGCAGUCAGUGAAUAUCAUCCAGAGGAGGAUAUAACACGUCUUCUAUGCAGCUGAAUAGAGGCCCAGAUGCUCCAUCAUGGAUCAGGUACUUCCCAGCCAGAGCUCAGCUGCAGGUCUGCUGGAACCAGACAGCGAGGAGCUCCAGCUCAGGGUGGGCUCCUUCAGGAAACUGGGUUACUCCUCAGAGGAGGUCAGGUCUGCUCUGAGGAAGCUGGGGCUCAGCACAGACACCAACUCGGUGCUCGGGGAGCUGGUCAGGAUCCGGACCAGCACCGCACCCUGGAGUUCUGACGGAGAUGAGAGGAGAGGCGGACUAAAGGACCCUCUCCUGCCUCCCAGCUGGGCCAAUGGACCCAGAAUCACGACACAACUGGGGCACCAGAAGAAUACAGAAACAGAAUUGAGACCUAUUGUGAUUGACGGCAGCAAUGUUGCCAUGAGCCACGGCAACAAGGAAGUGUUCUCCUGCCGAGGCAUCCAGCUGGCAGUGAAUUUUUUCCUGGAUAGAGGCCACUGCACCGUCACUGUGUUUGUUCCCAGUUGGCGACGAGAGCAGCCCAGACCCGACGCCCCCAUCACAGACCAACACAUCCUGAUGGAGCUCGAGAGACGUAAAAUAGUGGUGUUCACGCCGUCGCGGCGAGUUGGGGGCAAGAGAGUGGUCUGCUAUGACGACCGCUUUAUCGUGAAGUUGGCGUACGAUUCGGACGGAGUGAUCGUAUCCAAUGACACCUACCGUGACCUCCAAGGAGAAAGGCCUGAGUGGAAGAAAUGCAUCGAGGAGAGGCUCCUCAUGUUCUCCUUUGUGAAUGACAAGUUCAUGCCCCCUGAUGACCCUCUGGGUCGCCAUGGCCCCAGUCUUGACAACCUCCUGAGGAAGAAGCCUCUGCCUACAGAGACGAAGAGGCUGCUCUGUCCUUAUGACAAAAAGUGCACUUAUGGCAUCAAAUGCAAGUUUUACCAUCCAGAGCGAGCCAACCAGUCCUACCUCUCUUUGGCUGAUGAACUGAGGGAGAAAGCCCAGAUUUCUACUGCGAAAGAAGAGAAAAAAGUCACAUUAUCACCCAGACAGCUGCAACCUGACACAGGACCUGCUCAUAAAGCAGGUUCUCAUCCUCGAGACUCUAACACGGAGCUUGUGAGAGACGGGCAAAGUUCCUCAUAUCCAAGUGUCACCAGUGAAAACAAACUGUUGUACUGGGAGGAUCCUAUGAAGAGUUUCAAUCAUUUGCUCCACUCAGGCCAGAGUCAGAAAGAUUGGCCUGGGCUGCACUCGGCUCCCAAUCAUUACUACACCAACGUCUCUAACGAGUACCUGGAUUCAGGCUUCGGUUCUUUUGACAGCCAGUACUCUGAUAACUUGCAUGGCCUCAGCAACUCCCACAGACUCAAGUCCCAGCAGCAGAGUGGCCUCACUGGAACCAGACACAACAACAGCAGCCCCUCCUGCAGAUGCUGUUCUCACACUGGGCCCUCAACAGCUCACCCACAACACCACAGGAGCCUGGACUCUCAUUGUCACCUCAGCUAUGCUCACAUGUUCCCACCAGCUGUGCCACAUCAUAACAGCCUCCCCAGCCCACUCCAUUAUGGCGGUGCCCCCCAUCAGCAGCACAACUACUGGUCAGAUCCCUUUCAGGGGCUUCCCCAAGCCACAACAUCAUGCAGUCUCCCCUCUUCUGUCCAUUCGUCACACUCCCACGACUCUUGCUGCUCCUACAAAGGCCACGAGUAUCACUCCUGGGGCCAACAACCUCCUGCUGCCUUUGACCCACAGAGGAUGGAGCUCCGCAAGAAUCUGUACACCAUCUUCAACCCACAUCUGGUGGAUACAGUCAUGGAAAUGUUCCCACAUCUGAUGAACGCAGAGAAACUGGCUGAAGAGAUCCUCAAGCUGAAGACUCAGAGAGGAAUAUUGUGAUGAGCUUCUUCCCUUUGCGCCCUCAGAUCAAACAAGGUACAUGACCUCGGUUCUAUUCUAAAUACUUUUUAGUGUUUCUUUACUUGAAUGAUUAAAGCUGCAUGCAAAGAUGUUUAGUUCUGUGAAAUAAAAGUGAAAUUUGCCUUAAUAUUUAUAAACAGUUUAGACAUUAUAAAUGUUGGUGUGUCAGAGUGAAUAAAUUGAAUUCUCCGCCUGGCCCCCUCGUAUAAAGUCAGCUAAAUCUCCGAAGGAGCUGAUGUGAGAACACACUAGGAGAUCCUCCGCAAAAAUGGAGAAUAUCACCUUGUCAUCCAUGUUUUGGAUAAAAAAAAAAUAGUUUUGAUUGUUGAUGCAUAUUGUGUCAAAUGUGAUUUAUUUAAAGUUCUCAUGUGACAGGAAAUCACUGUAUAAAGUAUUACUUAUUCUUUUACUUCCGCUGUGGUUCUCCAGAACAGCCUGCUGUUCAGUGUUAUCUCUGUGAGGUGUGUAUUUCAACACAUUGUGGCCAACCAUUGUGUUGAUUCAGGUAAUCAAAGUGUCCAGGCUUGCAUGUAGCGUUUACAGUCAACUGUAAUCCAAUAAGGAAACUGAGAAAAAGACUUUCAUGCUAGUAAAGGGAAUUUGUUUGGUGUGUGUCAUUAGCCGUUUCCUGUAAAAAGGUUUCAUGGAACACUCAUAGAAAAGAGUUCUUGAAACACGACACACACGUUUGGACUAAUGUGUGACUGAGGAUGUGAUAUAUACCUACUGUAAAUUUAAACUGUAAGAUACAGUAAUUGUGUCUGUAAAAAGAAAAAACAUGUCACUGUUAAUAAACUAAUGUGUCAGAU